AUGGGUAGAGCAACCGUCGUGAUUGUCGGCGCCUCCCACGCUGGACUUGGAGUUGCAAAUGAGCUCCUCAAAACCGACUCCGAUAAAGUUAAGGUCGUCCUGAUCAAUCCAUCAGAGAAGCACUACUUCAAUAUUGCCGCCCCACGAAUUCUCGCCAAGCCUCAGUUCUUCCAGCCAGAACAAUAUCUUCUCCCCAUCGAAAAGUCAUUUGCCCGUUACCCAAAGGAGUCGUUCAAGUUUGUUAAAGGAGAAGCAACUAGCAUUGAUAUCGCCUCAAAGUCAGUCAAGGUUUCAUCGCUGCAAUCGGCCCUUGUCUACGACUAUCUUGUCAUUGCAUCCGGCAGCACGACAACUUCCUCAGUACAGGGGGAGCUGGCUCCUUUCAAGCCGCUCGGCAAUCAAGAUAUCGAUGCCUCCAUUCGCUCGAUACAAAAGGUCAUCUCCGAGGCAAAAAGUGUCAUCAUCGGUGGCGCAGGCCCGGUUGGUGUCGAAUUUGCUGGCGAGCUUGCAGAGGCUUUCAAACUCAAAAAGGGCUCUUCGAUCACUAUCAUUUCAGCGACGAAACAUGUCUUGCCUAUGUUAAAGGAAAAGGGCAGCCUUAUGGCGGAGAAGGUCCUUGCAGAAAAGAACGUCAAGGUGAUCGCCUCACGAAAGGUGGCGAAUGCUGUGCGUAACACUUCGGGAACCACAGCUCAGUGGAUUGUCAGCUUGGACAACGGCGAGCAGCUUGAAGCAGACGCAUAUAUCUCUACCACGGGAGUGAUACCAAACAACCAGUUUGUCCCAGCAGAAUUUCUCUCCGCGGAUGGCUGGAUCGCGGUGGACGACAAACUGUGCGUUAAGGGAGGGGAUGGCUCGAUCUAUGCACUUGGAGACAUUACCACACAACCACUGCGCACGGCGAUAAAGGUUGCAGAGCAGGUCCCUGUGGUUGUGGCCAAUCUCAAGGUUGCAAUCCUUGGCAAGGGAAAGCAUUCUACCUACUCCUCCAAUCCGUCUUUGAUGAUGAUUGUGCCGAUUGGAGAAAGUACGGGCACGGGUCAGAUGUUCGGAUGGAAACCUUGGGGAAUCAUGGUAUCAAAGAUCAAGGGAAAGGAUUUCUUUGUUUCGAAAGCUGCCGGGAUGCUUGGCAUGAGCUGA